CUACAACAACUACAACUACAGCUACAAGCCUAACAACUAUACAAUGGACAUGGACUACCCCCGCCCGGACUUCCAACGCCCUUCUCUAAACUGGGCCUCCCUCAACGGCCCCUGGGCCUUCACCUUCGACGACAAAGACGAAGGCCUAACCUCCCAAUGGCACAAAUCCAUCCCCAAAACCCACCAAAUAAACGUCCCCUACGCCUUCCAAACCCCAGCAUCAGGUAUAAACCUAAUCGAAGCCCACGAAGUCCUCUGGUACGAGCGUCAAAUCACCGACAUCCGCUCCUCCUCCGAAAAAGCAGCUGGAAAUAAACUGCUCCUCCGCUUCGGCGCAGUCGAUUACGAAUGUACCAUCUGGAUCGAUGGUAUUCGCGUCGGUGGCCAUGUCGGUGGUCAUGUCCCCUUUGACAUUGACAUUUCAGAUGUGGACCGUGAUGCUCGAUUGACUAUUCGUGUCCGAGACUCGCCUUAUGACAUGACCCAGCCGCGGGGGAAGCAGUUCUGGGGUCCUGUGCCGGAAAGUAUUUUCUAUACCCCUAGUGGGGGUGUUUGGCUUCCGGUUUGGUUGGAGAGUGUUCCCAGGAUGCGGAUUCUGUGUGGUAGUGGAGGGACUGUGUUGAGGGGUGAUGAUAUUGAGAAUGGGGUUUUGAGGGCUAGGGUUGCUGUUACUGGGAGGGUUGGUGUUGCGAAGGUGGAGAUUGAGGCUGGGCUUGGGGGAGUGAAGAUUGGGAGUGUUGAGGGUGAGAUUCCUCAGGAUAAAGAGUUUGUUGCUCUUGAGCUGGGGAUGAGGGCUAGUGGUUCUGUGGUGGAUGAGUUGAAGGGCGUCUUUGAUGUCCGGCAUGGGGGUGUUGCGUUGUGGGCGCCAGAGCAUCCUGUUUUAUACGAUUUGACACUUCGGUUAUUUGAUGGGACUGGGGCUUUGGUUGAUGAGGUUCAAACGACGGUUGGGAUGCGCAGUCUUUCGUGGCAAACUGGGGAUGGGACAUUCCGACUGAAUGGAAAGCCGUAUUUCCAAAUGUUGUUCCUGGACCAGGGAUAUUGGCCUGAGACGGGUCUUACGCCUCCUUCGUCUGAGUCUCUGAAGACGGAUAUCGAAUUGGCCAAGAAGGUUGGAUUCAAUGGCUGUCGGAAGCAUCAGAAGGUCGAAGACUCCCGGUUCUACUACUGGGCUGAUAGACUGGGGUUCCUGGUCUGGGGUGAGAUGGCCAAUGCCUAUGAGUUUGGUGAUCAAUAUAUCCAGCGAUUCACGGCGGAAUGGACCGAGGCUGUCAAGAGAGAUAUCAACCAUGCAUCGGUCGUGACAUGGACACCCAUCAAUGAGUCCUGGGCUGUUCCAGCACUGGAGGACAAUAUCGAGCAGCGCAACCACCUCCGUGCGCUAUACUACUUGACCAAGACCCUCGACUCAAGCAGACCAGUUAACGACAAUUGCGGCUGGCAACACAUAAAGACCGAUCUCACCACCUUCCACGACUACAGCGACUCAGCCGAGCUAGCAACGACAUGUGCCAGCCUUCCAGGAAUUCUGGGCCCGAAAGGCGAAAACGGCGAACGCAGCAUGUUCCCCAAGCCAAUCUGCUUUGGAAACGUGGUUUUGGACGAAGGUUCCCACCAUAUCCCUGGCGCGCCAGUGAUCUGCAGUGAAUUUGGCGGUGUUAAUAUCGCCCCGCCGAAGGAUUCCGCUGCCGCUGGUGAGCGGGAUUGGGGAUAUACAACAGCGAGUGAUCCGGCAGACUUUUUGGUGCGGUUGGAAAAGCUUGUUAUGGCUGUUGUUAAGCCGGGACAUAUUUGUGGGCUUGUGUGGACUCAGCUGUGUGAUAUUGAGCAGGAGGUGAAUGGCCUGUACACGUAUGAUCGCAAGGAGAAGGUUCCGACGGACAAGGUCAAGGCUAUUAUGGAUGCUGCAAAGGAUUAUUAUCAUGGUCAUUUGAAUGUGGCUGACAAGGGGAUGGCGAAGAAAUUGGAAGAGUAUAAGGAUAUGGUGCAUAGGGACCUGAUUUGA